AGCUGACUUUAGACGCCAUUUUGUCAGCCAUUUCCUACACUGAUCCAUUGCCAGCGUCUCUGCACGGCACAGGACGCUCCGUCUGGCCUCUGCUUCAGCUGCCCGGGACUCGGUAACCAGCGGCGGACCCUGCACACACGGUACCCGGGUGGAUGAGACACGGUGUCGCGGGUCGCUCGGCUCCCACUAGACCUCCGCAAGGCGCUCGGCCCCCGCAGCACAGAAGCGGUACAAGUCGCAGACAGAUAUGGCUUUGAAGAUUGUCAAAGGGAGCAUCGAUCGGAUGUUCGAUAAAAACCUCCAGGAUUUAGUACGUGGCAUUCGGAAUCACAAGGAGGACGAGGCCAAGUACAUCUCCACAUGCAUCGAUGAGAUCAAACAGGAGCUCAAGCAGGACAACAUCGCUGUCAAAGCCAAUGCAGUGUGCAAGCUCACCUACCUUCAGAUGCUCGGCUAUGACGUCAGCUGGGCCGCUUUCAACAUCGUGGAAGUCAUGAGCUCCUCCAAGUUCACGUACAAGAGGAUCGGCUACCUGGCAGCUUCACAAUGCUUUCACGAGAGCACGGAUGUCAUCAUGCUGACAACCAAUCAGAUCCGAAAGGAUCUCAGCAGUCCCAACCAGUAUGACACAGGUGUUGCCCUCACAGGCCUCUCUUGUUUUGUGACCCCUGAUCUGGCUCGAGACCUGGCCAACGACAUCAUGACGCUGAUGUCCCACACUAAACCCUACAUCAGGAAGAAAGCCGUAUUGAUCAUGUAUAAGGUGUUUCUGAAGUACCCAGAGUCCCUGCGACCGGCUUUCCCCAGACUCAAGGAGAAACUGGAGGACCCAGAUCCAGGCGUCCAGUCAGCAGCUGUGAAUGUUAUCUGUGAGCUUGCCCGGAGAAAUCCUAAGAACUACCUUUCCCUGGCUCCACUUUUCUUCAAACUCAUGACCUCCUCGACUAAUAACUGGGUUCUCAUUAAGAUCAUCAAGUUGUUUGGCGCGCUCACACCACUGGAGCCACGUCUGGGGAAGAAGCUAAUCGAACCUCUGACAAACCUAAUCCACAGUACCUCUGCCAUGUCUCUGCUGUAUGAAUGUGUCAACACUGUGAUUGCAGUGUUGAUCUCUUUGUCUUCUGGGAUGCCUAACCACAGUGCUAGUAUCCAGCUCUGUGUGCAGAAACUGCGAAUCCUGAUAGAAGACUCGGACCAGAACUUGAAGUACCUGGGCCUGCUGGCCAUGUCAAAGAUCCUGAAGACCCACCCCAAGUCAGUGCAGUCUCACAAGGACCUCAUCCUGCAGUGUCUGGAUGACAAAGACGAAUCCAUCCGCCUGAGAGCUCUGGACCUGCUCUACGGCAUGGUAUCAAAGAAGAACUUGAUGGAGAUUGUGAAGAAGCUGAUGCUGCAUGUAGACAAAGCAGAAGGAACCACCUACAGAGAUGAACUGCUCACAAAGAUCAUCGACAUCUGCAGCCAGAGCAACUACCAGUACAUCACCAACUUUGAAUGGUACAUCAGCAUCCUGGUGGAGCUGACCCGGUUAGAGGGCACGCGGCACGGCCACCUCAUCGCCUCUCAGAUGCUGGACGUGGCUAUCCGGGUCAAAGCCAUCCGGGUCUUUGCCGUCGCCCAGAUGGCCACGCUGCUGGACAACGCCCACCUGUUGACAGGAAACAUGCAGCGAAACGGCAUCUGCGAAGUGCUGUAUGCUGCAGCCUGGAUCUGCGGAGAGUUCUCAGAACACCUGGAGAACCCGAUGCAGACGCUGGAGGCCAUGUUGCGGCCCAAAGUGGCCACACUACCAGGCCACAUCCAGGCUGUUUAUGUGCAGAACGCAGCCAAGCUGUUUGCCACCAUACUGAAGAGUCAGGAGGGGAACACGGACAGUACAGCAGCACAGGAUACCAGCCAGCUGAUGAUCGAUAGACUACCACUCUUUGUACAGAGCGCCAACCUCGAGGUGCAGGAGAGGGCGUCUUGCAUCCUGCAGUUGGUCAAGUACAUCCAGAAACUGCAGCAGAAGGACGUAGAAGUAGCAGAAGAAGUCAAUGCUCUGUUUGCUGGAGAACUCAACCCUGUAGCCCCCAAGGCACAGAAGAAAGUGCCUGUUCCUGAAGGCCUGGACCUGGAUGCUUGGAUCAAUGAGCCUCCAUCUGAAAGCGAGUCUGAGGAUGAGCAACCGAAGGCUAUUUUUGCCAAGGAGGAGCCCAAACACUCCCGCCCCCGUCACACAGAGGUGGACGAGAAGGAGCUGGCAAGGAGGAGAGAAGCCAGGAAGCAGGAGCAAGCCAACAACCCAUUUUACAUCAAGGCCUCCCCAUCCUCUCAGAAGGUUUACCAGGAUGCUCCUGGAGUGGAGCACAUCCCAGUGGUGCAGAUUGACCUCAGUGUGCCUCUCAAAGUCCCAGGUCUGCCUAUGUCUGACCAGUACGUGAAGCUGGAGGAGGAGCGUCGGCAGAAAGAGAGAGCAGAGAAGAAGAAGAAGGAGAAGAAGAAGAGGAAAGAAAAGCGCAGCGGACGAGGGAAGAAACAUGACUCAGGCCCGGAGAGCGAAGAGGACAUCACGCCUGCGCACCAGGUCGACAUCGUAACCGAGGAGAUGCCAGAGAAUGCCUUACCGAGCGAUGACGACGACAAAGACCCCAACGACCCUCACAAAGCCCUGGACAUUGACCUGGACAACUUGAUGGAAUCGGCUGGGCGCAGGCCGCUCGCAGACAGCGAGAAGCUUCCAGUCAGGUCACACCGUGCAGCAGAGGCUGCAAAAAGCCCAGCAGAGGACGGGGAGACGGAGAACGCCACCUCGCUGGAGCCCAAGAAGAAGAGCAGCAAAGAAAAGAGGGAGAAGAAGAAGGAAAAAGACAGGGACAGGAAGAAGAGCAAAGAAGAGAAGAAGAAGAAAAAACACAAACAUGAAGAAAAGGAGGAGGAUCUUCUCGGGGGUCAGGCGGAUGAGCCUGCGGUCCAAUCGGAAGAAACCAGCGAGGUGGCAGCCCCGCCCACUUCCACCAGCGCUGAGGUUUCAGACCUGGAUUUCUGGCUCUCAAACGCUCCAGUGCCCUCUAACACCCAGGAAGCAGCAACGGUAGCAGCAGCAGCAGCAGCAGAAGCCCCCGAGCCACCGGCCGGCACAGUGCCAGACUCCGAGCCCGAUGAGCCCAAAGACGCCGAGAUGGAGGAGACUAAAUCCUCCAAACACAAGAAGAAGAAGCAGAAAAAGGAGAAGGAAGAGAAGGAGAAGAAAAAGAAGAAGAAGCACCAUCACCAUCAUCACCACAGUGACGGAGGAGGAGAGGAGUCGGUGCAGAACGGCACCGUCGAGGAGGAAGAGCCGCUGCCGCCCAUGUCCAAUUACUGCCUGCUGGCUGAGAACUCCUACAUCAAGAUGGUGUACGACAUCCAGGGGAACCUGCAGGAUGGCAGCCAGGUGGUCGUGUCUGUUAUAUUUGAAAACAAGUGCGACAGCUUCCUCAAAUCCAUGGAGUUCAACGUCCUGGACUCUCUGAACUCUAAGCUGCAGAGGCCAGAAGGCUCAGGUCCACACGACGGCCUCACCGUCCCCUUCCAACUGCCUCCUGGAGUGUCCAACGAGGCGCGAUUCGUCUUCACUGUGCAGAGCAUCGUAAUGCCACAGAAACUGAAGGGAACCCUCACCUUCAUAGUCAAGAAUGAAGAUUCCUCCACUCAUGAGAAACUGGACUUCAAACUGCACUUUACCUGCACCUCCUACCUAAUCACUACUCCGUGUUACAGUGAUGCGUUCGCAAAGCUGCUGGAGUCGGGAGACCUGAAGGGCAGCUCUGUCAGGCUGGAGGGCGUCAACAUGCCCUUCCACCACCUGCUGGCCAGGAUCUGCUUCCACCACCACUUCUCCAUUGUGGAGAGGAUCGACUCCUGUGCCUCCAUGUACAGCAGGUCAAUCCAGGGUCACCACGUCUGUCUGCUGGUCAAAACUUCCGGUCAGACGGUGUCCAUUGACGCUAAAUGCGACGAGCCGACGCUGCUUGGGAAUGUGCUGGAUGAGAUCAAGCAGACCUUCUCUCAGUGCUGAUUGUGUCUGACAGCCCCAGGGUGCCCCGACCCCUCCACCCCUCCCUCACCCAAACACAACAUUAAUCAUGUUACGAAACACUGCAGCUGGCACGUCCAGUACCGCCCUAUUUAUUGGUCCUCAGAUUUGCAAGAUUUCUUUCCCUCCUCACCUCUUUCUUCUUCUUCUUCUUCUGCGGCGCCCCACACUUUGUCGUUCCUCUGAGCUCUGUGGUCACUCCUUCGUACUUGAUGUUGUUUUACAGACUCAUGGUGUACACGCUCCGUCUUCUCCGCAUCGCACUUUUGUUUUUCCUUCCUGGUUUUUCGGACAGCCUCCCCUGUUCCGGCCCGCCUCUGACUCCUUACUGAGCUCCUGUUUCUGCUCUUUCCACCCUCCACUCUGUGACGGUCACGUAAUGUAAUGUUGACAACUGGACUCUUUUGCUGUUCAUGGUUGAAUUGUAUUUUUACUGUUUUGGAGUUUUAUGUUUUUUGGUUUGUUUGUUCUUUUUUUCUCGUUUGUCGCUUUUCUUUUCUUGUCUGAAGCCUGUCUGCGCCUUUGUCUCACCCCUUCUUUCCGCUCACUAAACAUCGAGCUGCUCGUCUGUGUAGACCUGAAAAAAAAGAAAUCAAAAAAAGAAAAAACCCCACGUGACUGACUGUUUUUCUCAGACUCGUGCCGGCUGGAAGAACGGGCACUCUUAACCUGCUCACCCGCCACUGACCUGCUGCCUGGAGAAGACCAGACGCUGGGCGACAGUAGAGCAGAGCUGAAACCAAAGCUACAUAUAAGGCAUGGGUUUUUACACUUGUAUCAGGGCCGUUGCCCCUACUUGCCUUUUUGGCAGAGGCUCAGAGCAGAUCCGCUGGUGUUAGUUUAGCAGAAUCCUUGCGUGGCACUACGGGUGAUUUGUACAGUAGUUCAGGGGGUUUGCUCUGAGCCUUCGCCCUGCAGUCUGACCUCCUCCAGCACUUCGUAGAGCCCCCCCACUCCUCGUCCAGUGUAUCUGUUCGCUGAUUUAACAGUGCUAAGCUGCAGAUUGACCCCCCCAAGACCUUCAACAUAUCGUUCCUCUGACCAAUCACAGUAGUAGAAUGAAUUCAUGGAAGAAACUCUGUGCAGUGAUGGUUUUCUGUUGGGUCAUUCAUCUCAUCCUCACCUCCGGAUGGUUCGGUUAUCUGUAUAGAAGAUGUUCUGUUAUUAUUAUUAUAAUACACAGAAGGAUGCUGUUUUUUCUCUGAAGCCACUGUGGUGCUGCAGACUGGUGUAAACAUGUUGACAGAAUAAUGAGGUUUAAGGAGAGCUGCCCGCUGUCCUGCCUGCUUUUCUGUCUGCAUUUUUACAACCAGCCGGUCUGCAUAUUGGGUCGCUUUUCUUUUUCUGUUAACCGGUCCCUCUGAGUCAGUAUUAGUCGGCGUCGCUCCCACGGCGAGGAGACAUCCGCUCAGUGUGCAGCUUCGUCCGUCUUCAUGGGAAACAUUUGACGAAUCCCUUCGUGUUUGUUUCCCCUCCAGAAAACUGCCUUGUCACUUUUUUUCUUUGUGCAUUAACGUGGUAUGAGGAACCUGAAAUGUCUUCUUCUUUUUUUUAAACAAAAGAAAAGAACUGGCCUCCUCUUAGAGCUCUCAGAGGUACUCGAUGUUUUAAUUUGUCAUCCACGUCACCACCCCGUACAGCGCAACUUAACCUUGUAGUAGCAACAUAAGAGCUGACCUGGUAGCGUCUCUGUUCAUGUGUACCGGUAAGGCCCCCUCACAUCUGUCUGCUGUUGUAGAUAAAGACUUAUAAUGAUGUCUGUGACCCGGAGGUCGGGUCGGCCGUUCCACUAGACCCUCAGUCCAGUAGUAGAGUCUGUUUAAAGAGGCGAUCAGCCGUUUAUUCAGGAAUGUCAAUAGAAAAUAAUUAUGUAUGUAUUCCCCUGCUCCUGAAAACGACUGGAAUCGAUCAGAGAAACCAACUCCCCUGAAUCAUGCGUUGUCCUGAUUCUGCUCAUUCUGUGCAUAAUAUUUAGAUUAAAAUUUGUAUAUUGCAUGAUUAGGAAUGUACACUUUUUAUUUCCCCCUUCCUGUUCAAUGCUUACACAAAACAAAACUUGUCAUUCCAUUAUUUUUUUUUUUUAAAUGAAGUUUACUUGACCAUUCUCUAUUUUUGAUGGUAUUGUGUUUUUAUCUAUUCUCAGUUCAGACAAUUAAAGGAAAAAAGGAGUGAUAUCAUUGAAUGUUUUAAAUUAUUAAAGGCGUGGGAAGGAAGGAAGGAAGGAAGGAAGGAAGGGGGGUUCUGUUCGGUGUCGUGACACCGAGGCAUUGGGGCUCCGAGUAGAAACCAGAACGGGUCACAUGAAGCAGUGUACUGAGAGGAAACCCACUCUGUCUUAAUUCUCUGUUGGUUCGGUUGUAGUGAGUUAUUUUACCAGGUUUGGCUUGUGACAUUGAAAAUAUACUCUCAUGACAGAUUUAUAAUGCUCAUGUCUUUUCAUUUCUCCAUAUUCAACUAUCGAGCUGUACAAUGUCAUGUUUUAAAGGGGACGACGUAAGUUAUCUACAUUCCCUUUACAGAAAGUCCACCUAAAUUAAAAAAUAAAGGCUGUAAGAAGCUGCUGUAGUCGUUUUUUUUUGUGUUACAGUGAACCAAUAAACGCCCACAAAUGCCAAAUA